AUGUGUGCGGAAAGGAACGAGAAAGGCGCGGAAAGAAACGAGAAAGGAGCGCAAAGGAGCGGAAAGAAACGGGAAAUUGGCGGAGGGGAACGGGAGAGGCGCGGAAAGGAACGAGAAAGGAGCGGAAGGGAACGGGAGAGGCGCGCAAAGGAACGAAAAAUGCGCGGAAUGGGACGGGCUCUUCAGGAUCCGCAUGUCACAAUUCCGGACCAUGUCGAGACGCAUAAGGCCACCGACUGGUUUCAAAGCCCAUUUCAGCAGCUUGUACCCGGGUUCGAAGUUUCUCAGUGA